AUUGUGCGUCCCCAUUUUUCUGUCACAACCUCCGGUUUGGGUUUUUUUGAUCAUCAUGGAAUUCAAAAGCAUGGAGGAAUUCUGGCCUUUCUACAUGAAACAACACUCAAAACCAGCAACAAGAAGAUUGCAUUUUAUUAGCACACUGUUGAGUCUUCCGAUACUGAUAUAUGCACUUGUGUUUAAUUGGUUGUUCUUGUUCAUUGUUCCCUUUACUUCAUAUGGUCUAGCUUGGUAUAGUCAUUUCUAUAUUGAAAAAAACAUUCCUGCAACUUUUGAUUAUCCAUUAUGGUCUUUGCUGUGUGAUUUUAAGAUGUUUGGUUUCAUGCUCACUGGUCAGAUGGAUAAAGAACUCAAAAGGUUACGUAAAAGGCAGGUUUGAUGCUGAAGUGUUGAUUGGUCAUAUUGAUAAAGAAAUAAAAUCUUGUAUUUGUAUGGCAGGUCUAUGAAUGCCUUCUCUUUGGCUUUUGUUGUGUAUUUUGUGUAAUAUGUAUCAAAAAAAUGUGGUAUUUGAAGUGAAAGUUGAAGUGUUA